AUGGUGCCACGAGCCGGGAACAUGUCAUCCAUCAUCAUCAGAAUCGCAGACCAAACAAAACGAAGAUUGUGUGAAGUCCUCAACGAAAUCAAGCGUCUGAACUUGGAUUCGGUCGACCAAAUGACAACAACCGACGAAACAAUCCGUCUUCAUCAGGAACGGAGAAGGAUCACCCAAGAAAAAAUCAUGCAUAUCCAAAUAUACAUAGAGGCGUUGGAAUCGGUCAAUACAGAGUGGAAACAAUUCAUCCAGCAGAUUUCAGUCUCAACCAAAAGAAAAGAAGAAGAAGAUCGAUACCUUCAGAUAAACGACGAUGAAUCAGGUAUUACCAACUUAAUUUUACAAGCAAAACAAACUGUAGUCAUUUUAAAAAUGUAUCAAAAUGAUUCGGAGUUCAUUUUUAUUCGGAUGAUUUUUUCUAUUUUAGGCCCUUCAUACUAG